CGCAAUUGAGGCCAUCCUAGAGUCCCUCCGCCCCUAGCCAUUGCGGCCUGUGAUGGACGAACUUGCUGCCCAAUAGCACGUCCCUAGACCGCCACCGGGUCCCGCCUUCUCAGGAACGGAACCAAUGAGCAUGCCAGCUCCUGGCCGGGUGGAGGGGUUGCACUGCGGUAAUAUGGCUCUUCCUUAGCCAGCGGCGGUGGCCAGUGCGGGCGCCGAGCUGCCGGGGCUCUCCGGAGGUUCGUUUCUAGGUUGCAGGGGCUCUGUGGAUAGCGGCUGCGAAGGCGGCGGCGGAUGCGGGAGGAGUGCCCGCCUGGCCGCUCGGCGGCCCAGGGGUCCAGAUGAGCUCCUGUGCCUCCCUCGGGGGCCCGGUGCCCCUGCCACCCCCGGGCCCGUCCGCCGCGCUGCCGCCCGGUGCCCCCGCGCGGGCCCUGCAUGUGGAGCUGCCGUCCCAGCAGCGGCGUCUUCGGCAUCUCCGGAACAUUGCUGCUCGGAAUAUCGUCAAUAGAAAUGGCCACCAGCUCCUUGAUACCUACUUCACUCUUCAUUUGUGUGAUAAUGAAAAGACAUAUAAAGAAUUUUAUAGAAGUGAAGUGAUUAAGAAUUCCUUGAAUCCAACAUGGAGGAGUCUUGACUUUGGAAUAAUGCCGGACCGUCUGGAUACAUCUGUGUCUUGCUUUGUGGUGAAGAUUUGGGGUGGAAAGGAGGAUGCCUACCAGCUGUUGAUAGAGUGGAAAGUCUACUUGGAUGGGCUGAAGUACUUAGGUCAACAGAUUCACGCCCGCAACCAAAACGAAAUUGUUUUUGGGCUAAAUGAUGGCUACUAUGGUGCUCCAUUCGAACAUAAGGGUCAUUCAAACACACAGAAGAACAUCCUUCAGGUGGAUCAGAACUGUGUUCGCAAUUCUUACGAUGUCUUCUCUUUGCUGCGGCUUCAUAGAGCCCAGUGUGCAAUUAAACAGACUCAGGUAACUGUACAGAGAAUUGGAAAGGAAAUUGAAGAAAAACUAAGACUCACAUCGACGAGCAAUGAGCUGAAAAAAGAAAGCGAAUGCCUGCGAUUGAAAAUUCUGGUGCUCCGAAAUGAACUGGAAAGACAGAAGAAAGCACUGGCACGGGAGGUGGCCUUCCUGCAAAAGCAGCAAACCGCUCUACAGGACAAAGGAAGCGCAUUUUCAACUGAGCACGGCAAACUUCAACAUCAGAAGGAAUCCCUGAGUGAGUUGCGGAAGGAGUGCACUGCCAAAAGAGAACUCUUUCUGAAGACUAAUGCUCAGUUGACAAUUCGUUGCAGGCAGUUACUGUCUGAGCUUUCCUACAUUUACCCUAUUGAUUUGAAUGAGCAUAAGGAUUAUUUUGUAUGUGGUGUCAAGUUGCCCAAUUCUGAGGACUUCCAAGCAAAAGAUGAUGGAAGCAUUGCCGUUGCCCUUGGUUACACUGCACAUUUGGUCUCCAUGAUUUCCUUUUUCCUACAAGUACCCCUGAGAUAUCCCAUAAUUCAUAAGGGGUCCAGAUCAACAAUCAAAGAUAAUAUUAACGACAAGCUGACUGAAAAGGAGAGAGAGUUUCCACUGUAUCCAAAGGGAGGGGAGAAGCUACAGUUUGAUUAUGGUGUCUACCUUCUGAACAAGAAUAUAGCACAGCUGAGAUACCAACAUGGCCUGGGGACUCCAGACUUGAGGCAAACCCUUCCUAACCUGAAAAACUUCAUGGAGCAUGGACUCAUGGUCAGGUGCGACAGACAUCACACCUCCAGUGCCAUCCCUGUUCCAAAGAGACAAAGCUCCAUGUUUGGGGGUGCAGAUGUAGGCUUCUCUGGGGGUAUUCCUUCACCAGACAAAGGACAUCGAAAACGAGCCAGCUCAGAGAAUGAGAGACUCCAAUACAAAACCCCUCCUCCCAGCUACAAUUCGGCAUUGACACAGCCCAGGGGGGCCAUGCCCACCAUGGGAGACUCUGACAGGAAGAUCACACCACUGUCCUCCUCCUUGGACACCUCCCUGGACUUCUCCAAAGAAAAUAAGAAAAUAGGAGUAGACUUGGGCAACAGUGUAGGUGCAGACCAUGGGAACUCGGACUCCAGCCAGCAAGGGGAAGCCCUGUCUGGGCACCUGGCAGCCGUGAAUGGCACAGCGCUGCCCAGUGAGCAGGCUGGCUCUGCCGGUGCACCACUGCCAGGCCAGUGCCACCCGGCCCCCUCACCUGAGCUCUGCUGUGCAGUGGAGCAAGCAGAAGAAAUCAUUGGGCUGGAAGCCACAGGCUUCACCUCAGGCGACCAACUUGAAGCUCUCAGCUGCAUCCCAGUGGACAGUGCGGUGGCAGUGGAGUGUGACGAGCAAGUGCUGGGAGAAUUUGAGGAGUUCUCUCGGAGAAUCUACGCCCUCAGCGAAAACGUGUCCAGCUUCCGCCGGCCUCGCAGGAGUUCUGAUAAGUGAGGAGAUCGGGCAAACAGUAGGACCAGGGCAGAGCCACUGCCCUCCACCAGACCCAAGCUGCACUUAACCUUUUUAAUAAUUCUGACACAAAGAUGAGCAUCCAUGGAGGAGAUUCCUCAGAAAGGCUGACUUUGGGGUCAGAGGGAACUCGGGAUCAUUGGGUACCAGUGGGACCAGUCCCUGAGAUUUGCUUUCCAGGCCUGGCGGUUGUUUCCAGGCAAAGGUAGCCUUCGCACUUACAGCUCCAGUCAUCUUAUAGGCAUUUGUCUGUGCUUUUUUUACACAUGGGUGUUUUCCUCAGAAGGAAGGAUGAUAAUAUAUAUGUAAUAGAAUGAACUCACCUUUAGUUUCUCAAAAGCAUUCGCCUUUGCCAUUGUUUGUGAAACUUUGCAAAAUGGGAUAUUCAAAAAUAGCUUUGUACCACUUCUAUGGCCAUCCUUUAGGCUGAUGAAUAAGAACCAGAGUGGGGAUCCUUGUUCCAGGCCCUCCAGCCUGAUUACCACAGUCAGCCUGCCCACCCCACUGUGACUCUGCUUUCUCAAGAUGGGCCAUGCACCCUGAAAGCUGAGGCAGUAGAUUCACUAGUCUAAAACCAAUAGACAUGAUGUUCUGUCUCAUCUAGUGUGCCAUACCCUGAUGAAAAACUCUCCUGUGGUGGAUCGCAGGGGACCCUCAGAAACCUCAAGGUCACCAUAGUCCGGGCAGCCAGCUUCCUUUGGGGCCAAAGUUUUUAUGUGGGCAGAUGCUGUGGUCCAAAACUGGGCACACCUCUAGCAAUACACUCCCCAGAUAAAGACCUCCUAGAUUUAAAUCCCAAGUUAACUUAUUACAUUUCAGUCAGAAGGAAGCCAUUAUUUAUGAAAAGUAUACGUAGAAUCAGGAUGUCCAGUUUGCAGAUGGUGAGACAGUUGAGAGGUAGCAAAUUAAGAAAAUAGAUGAAGCAUAGACAAUGUGCAAUUUUGCAAUGUUAAAUUAUGUUCUUUAAGUCCAUUGUCAUUCUGCAUUCAGAUUUCAUUUACUGUUGCAUUAUACAUUAUGUACCCACAGACAUUGCCUCAGGGUUGCAAGCUCUUAAAGAAAAACUUAUCCACAUAUCCAUGUAUUGUAUAGAAGAAUAAAAAUUGAAUUUACUUCACUUGACCUGA